GUGCAAAAUGGAAGCAGUGAUCGUUUCGGCCGUUCGGUCACCCAUUGGGUCAUUCACUGGAUCUCUGGCGACAGUAUCUGCCCAUGACAUUGGCAAGAUUGUUAUAGAGGAGGCAUUGAAGAGGUCAAAGGUCAAUCCAGGAGAUGUGUCAGAGGUCAUUCUGGGCCAAGUGCUCACUGCAAGUGAAGGUCAGAACCCUGCAAGGCAAGCGAGCAUGAAUGCUGGUAUACCAGAUUCUGUCCCUGCGUGGGGGGUGAACAUGCUGUGCGGGUCAGGACUCAAGGCUGUAGGGCUAGCAAGCCAGGCCAUCAAGGCAGGGGACUCUACUAUAGUUGUAGCAGGGGGUCAGGAGAACAUGAGUAAGGCUCCCCACACUGCAGACAUGAGAGCUGGUGUUAAGUUUGGUGAUGUCACAAUGGUUGAUACUGUUAUUAAUGAUGGCCUCAUGGAUGCAUUCCAUAAAUGCCACAUGGGGAUAACUGCUGAAAAUAUAGCCAAACAAUGGAAUCUGAGUAGAGAAGCCCAGGACCAGUUUGCUCUACAGUCACAACUCAAAUGUGAGGCAGCUCAAAAUGCUGGACAUUUUGACCAAGAGAUCAUUCCCAUAUCAGUUCCCUCUAGGAAAGGUAGCAUUGAAGUAUCCAAAGAUGAGUUUCCAAGACAGGGCUGUACUAUAGAAUCAAUGCAGAAAGUGCGUGCUGCUUUCAUUAAAGAUGGCAGUGGGACAGUAACAGCUGCAAAUGCAUCAGGAUUGAAUGAUGGGGCCGCAGUGUGUGUUGUGAUGUCAUUGCAAGAGGCGACCUCUAGGGGCCUGAAACCUAUGGCACGAAUAGUGUCCUGGGCACAGGCAGGUGUAGACCCUAAGAUAAUGGGAACUGGUCCGAUUCCAGCAACAAGAAAAGCGUUGGAGAAAGCAAACUGGUCAGUGGGGGAUGUUGACCUAUUUGAGUUGAAUGAGGCAUUUGCGGCCCAGUCUCUGGCUGUAGUCACUGAGCUAGGAUGCCCACCUGAGAAGGUUAACAUCAAUGGAGGUGCAAUAGCACUAGGUCACCCUAUAGGAGCCUCAGGGGCAAGGAUCUUAGUCACUUUACUACAUGCAUUAAAACGUACUGGACAGAAGAGGGGUGUGGCAGCUCUAUGUGUAGGAGGAGGAAUGGGUGUGGCUAUGUGUGUCGAGGUUAUGUGAGGAGUUUGGCAUGCAUGCCUCGAAGAGUUGCAGUUUUGCGAAUCAUUCAAAAUGGGACAAUAUUUAUUAUAUUUUUAUUUAUGAUCAAAGAGACAAUAAAAACAAAGGGAUCAGGUAAAAAAAUGUUUGUGAAACUAAUUCAACGAAGGUCAUGCCCCAAGACUUUCAAAUGUUUUGUCACUGUGUAACUUGAUUGUAUAAUGAAACCUGCUUGAUCUCACCCCCAAAAAUUUCUGGGGAAGAUAAUACAAUACUAUUGGACCAAAGAAUUUGAUUGAAAAAUACAAUUUAUUAAUUGUCUUCCACUAAAUGUCAUGAAGUCUAGGUAAAAUAUCAUGUGUCCAUAAUUAAUUUCUUAAAGAGAUGCUAAAGCAAUAUAAAAAGCAAUAGAUCCUGAAGUAAUAAUACCUCUCAAAUUAUUUGACUCAAAUGAAUUCCAAUACUCAGACAUGUUACCCCUCUAAAUAAUGUUCAUUAUAGACCCUAUAUCCUACAGAAAACCAAGAGAAUUCUAAAAUCGGGAAUGUUAAAAAUUUGAUUAAAGAUGAAGGACUUAAAAGUUGGCAGAUAGUUUCCUUAACCUCUCUUUAAGACUUGAUCCAUCACAACUUAGAAUGAUUUUAGAUUCAUUCUAUUAUUUGAACACAUAUAAUAUGUCUAUUGUUUAGACAACUGUUCUGAUGUGUAGCACUCUACAGGGUACACAAAAAUGUGAAAAUCAUCUUCAUUUCUUUCACUUUUUCCGUUAACAUCGUACCUUCUGUAUUUUAGGGAAUACCCUAUGUUAAACCUUGAAUAUUAUAUUACAAUAUAACUCAAUUCAAUUCAAUUCAUUCAAUUCAAAAUUCCAUCCCUGCUAAUUAAAUCUGUUCAUUGAGGCUUAGCUCACCUUAUAUUUUAAAAGGUUAGAGGAUGUGAAAUGUUGGAUGCAAUGUUUUCAAAAAUCAUACCAACGUUUCCCUUACAAUCACUUUUACUUUUAAAAAAUAAUUGAAAUGAUAUACCUCAUGAAAUACAUAUACAGAAGUUGUUGAAGAUUUAUAAUGCAAAAAUGUC